AUGGAGAAGCUCAUGGAGGAGUUUGUGCAGAAGGAAAGUGCCGCAGCGGACGAUGCUGAGGUGUUAGAGGGCGAACUGGCAGACGUUCUCGUACAGCUGAAGGCGCUGGAAGGUCAAAACGCAGCACUUGCCGCCCUGCUGAGCGCGAAGGACGCCGACAUUGCGGACCUCAUGGCGCAUGACGAGCGGUGGGUGGUGCCCGACCGGCAGAUGGGCCAGGUGACGACACGCCACCGGAAGGUCUUCGACGGCGAUGAGUGGGGCGCCGUGCUCACCAAUAAGCCGGAGGCACUGCGGUACGCAUUCGUAACGGAUGCAGCGGCUGCGUGCCACGUGGCCGCUGAUGCCAUUGGUGAGCCCUCAUUUGCCCUUGGAAGUCUGCACGUCGACUUCAACGUCACGCACGACGAGAACGUUACCGAAAAGGAGAUUGACCAGCGGAUCACCGAAUACCCAUUCCGCAACACAAUGGCUCUAUACGGCGACCGCCACGGUGCAAAGGAAGGUCUCGACAAGGCGCUUGGCGAAAUCGCGCAAAAAGACGAGGAAAUCGCCGGUCUAUCAGAACAGCUCGCACUAAAAGAGUCUGAGCUCCAGCGUCUAGCGGAGGACCUUGCGCAAAAGGAAGCCGACAACGACAAGCUGGCCGGUGAGCUUCCACAGAAACAGGCGAACAAUGAUAUGCUUGCCGACGAGCUUGCGCAGAAGGAGGCUGAUAUUGCUGCACUGACUGCGGAGGUGGAAGCGUUCCGCCGCAAGCGUCACGAGGCCCUUGNGAGGGAAGCUGAUAUUACUGCACUGAAUGCGGAGGUGGAAGCGUUCCGCCGCAAGCGUCACGAGGCCCUUGAAGUGCGCCAGCAGGACGGUCAGCUGGACGUGGCUGCAGCCCCGCUCCCCCUUGACCGUGCAGCAGCGGCUGCGGUGGACCCGGCGGUCAUUGCGCAGGAACCGCUCUACUGUGUUACCAUCGACGAGCUUAACGACAGGCGGGAUGCCGUGGAUAAGCUGGGAGAAGAUUUGUCCGAGAGGGGAAGGACCAUAGAUGCGUUGGAUGGCCGUCUGAAGGACCUUGAAGGAGGCCUGGCUGCAGCGAAUGCCGCUGCACUUGGCGAGAAAGAGAAGUGUGAGAAGGUUCGCGAUACGGUUCGCCGCGCAAUGGAUGCAAUGAAGGAACAGAACGAAAAGGAGGUGGAGGCGCUGCAUGGUGAGUACGGCCAGAAGCUGGCCGCAUUGGAGGCUGAGAUUGCCGCACACAGGGAGUUGCGAGGGGCGCGCGACACGAAGAGACGCUCCCUCCCAAGCUUGAGUGUCUACGAGGUGCGAGAGCUCCCACCGGUCGCACCAGCAAUACCGCUACAGCCUGAGGCUAUUUUGAGCGAGCCGCCCUACUGUGUCACCCUUGAGGAACUUGACGAGCAACGCAAUUUCAAAGAUAUNGCUCCCCCCUGA